AUGGGUGGAGGAGAGAGGGGGAAGAGAGAGGGUAGAGUGAAGAGGGAGAAGAGAGGGGGUAGAGAACAGGGGAUUAAGAAAAGAGAAGGUAGAGACGAGCUGGAGAAGAGAUGUGUAGAGGAGAGAGGGAGAAGAAAGGGGGUAAAGAAGAGAAGGGGUAGAGACGAGUUGAGAGAAGAGAGGGGUAGAGGAGAGAGGGAGGAGAAAUGGGGCAGAGAAGAGAGGGUAGAGGAGAAAGGAAGAAGAGACGAGAAAGAGAAGAGAGGGGUAGAGGUGAGAGGGAGAAGAGACGAGAUAGAGAAGAGAGGGGUAGAAGAGAGCGGGAGAAGAGACGAGAUAGACAAGAGAGGGGUAGAAGAGAACGGGAGAAGAGACGAGAUAGAGAAGAGAGGGGUAGAAGAGAGCGGGAGAAGAGACGAGAUAGAGAAGAGAGGGGUAGAUAAGAGAGGGGUAGAGGAUAGAGGAAGAAGGGAAUGGGUAAAGAAGAGAGGGAUAGAGGAGAAAGGGAGAAGAGACGCGAUAGAGAAGAAAGGGGUAGAGGAGAGAGGGAGAAGAAAUGGGGUAGAGAAGAGAGGGGUAGAGGAGAAAGGGAGCAGAGACGAGAUAGAGAAGAGAGGGGUAGAAGUGAGAGGGAGGAGAAACGAGAUAGAGAAGAGAGGGGUAGAGGUGACAGGGAGAAGAGACGAGAUAGAGAAGAGAGGGGUAGAAGAGAGCGGGAGAAGAGACGAGAUAGAAAAUAGAUGGGCAGAGGAGAGAGAGGGAAAAGAGAGGGAGUAG